CUGACACCGGUUGCGGUGUCCACGGUCACGCAAUGGCUUUCCUUGCUUCUUCUUCUUCAACCUCCUCAUUCUCUUCUCUCCAAUUUUAUCCCCGAACUAGAAUUCCCAAACUACCCUUCUCUUCACCCUCUCUUUUGUUAACCCCACAACGAAGAACUGCCCAUAAGUUUUCUUCAAUUGUCGUGGCAGCUCAAAAUGACAAGAACAAUCAAUCAGUGAAGAAACAAAAAAAAGACGCGGAAGUUGAAGUUGAAAUUGAAAUAGAAGAAGAGUUGCCGUGGAUUCAGGAGAAAGCUUUGGACUUGGUGGAGUUCACUGGGUCAGUCACUCAAGCCAUUCCUGGACCCAGAGUUGGCCAAAGCAAAUUGCCUUGGAUUCUUGCUGUUCCUUUGGCUUAUGUUGGUGUUUCUUUCGUUAUUGCCUUUAUUAAGACGGUUAAGAAGUUCAAUUCCCCUAAAUAUAAACGCAAGAAAUUGGUGAAUAGGAAUGCAGUGUUAUGCAAAUCAAUAGAUGAAUUACUGCAGAAUGGAGGAAAUGCAUUAGAACCAUCAGCUUUAAAAGACUUAAUGCAAAAGACAGGAUUUAGCAUGGAGGAUAUUUUGCGGAAGUAUAUUAGGUAUGCUUUGAAUGAGAAACCAUUCAAUCCAGAAUUAGUUGCGAGCUUAAUCCAGCUUAGAAAAGCUUCCGUGUUGGAUGAUUCCCAAGUCGCUGAAAUUUUAAAUGAAAUCUCUAGGCGUAUUGUGAGAGAGAAAGGUCCAGUUGUCAUGGAUAUGUCAGGGUACUCAGAAAAGGGAUUUAAGAGAAAACUUGCUGUGCAAACCCUUUUUGGAAAGGUCUUUUAUCUGUCUGAACUGCCAGAGUUCUGCUCAAGGGAUAGCUCGUUAAUUGUCAAGGAAAUAUUUGGGGUUACAGAUGAGGAUGCAGAAAAACUUCGGUUUCAUACUCUUUCUGAAGCUGGCGAUAUGGAUUCACUGGAAAAGAUGGUUAACGACUCUGAUUCUGAAGAUUUUGGGGAGAGCUCACCUGAUGCUCAGUGAUUUACGACUGCACACUGAAAGACUAUUUAGGUGAGGAGAAAAUUUAAAGGAUUUAUGGGGGCUUUCCUUAGGAAAUGGUUGUUGCAAAUCUUAAUCAUACCUUAGAAUACAUGCUCUUCUAGGAUUUUAUAAACUUGAAAGAAUUUUGGUGAGUCUAGUAGUUCAUAUUUUGUCAAGUUCAUCGUCAUUGUUAUACGAUUUUGUGAACUUCGGUUAUUAUUAGAAACUAUAAUGUUGAGUAGUGAUUGAAUUUUUCAAA